UUUAGAAAAUGAUACUUCCGACCAAACUACAGUGCAGAUCAUUCUUCUGAAAACACCAUACAGUAGACUUUCCAAAAGAUGUCACAGUAUUAUGGAAAACGAAAAUUGAUAUACAGUCCAGAGAAAGAGGACAGGUCUUAUUCCCAAAGGAAAAUUCAGGAGAAAAGAAAACCUGUUGGUAAAUGGCAAAGCUUUGGUGAAGGGUUUUCAGGAUUUGCUGGAACUGAUCACAACAAUCCAACAAAACGUCAGAAGGGGCAUUUAAUCGGACAGAGAGUGGCAAAUAUAUCUGGAGAACUCCCCACUGAAGUUGCUGAAUCAAUAGCCUGGAGUUCUAGUGAUGAUGACGAUGAUGAGUCUGAAAAACAGAAAAGUCGUCUGGAAUUUUCCCCCGUAGUCCGAAGGUCAGGUCCUAGGUACAAGGCUGGUGUACAAAAAGACUGCGAGGAUCCGGCAGUCAUCGUUACAGAUGAUGAGUCUUCCUCUGAAGCUUGGUGGUGUCAGUCCGGUAUGAAAAACAAAGCCACGAGGGAGAAAGCUGAUUCAGAAAAUCAAGGAGGGAAACAUUCUCAGGUGUCGGAUGUAACAGCCAAUAUCUGCAGCUAUGAAUCAGAAGGAUCGAGGCUUUCUUUUUCUCAGAAGGAAACUGAUGAAAAUUUACAGAGUUUGGAGAUCUCACAGGAUAUCGAAAGCAUGGAGAGCCAGUCUCCAGCACCUAGUCAGGCUUCCUCAAGUUCAAAGGUCAAGGCCAGUGACUGGGUUAAGACCUUGAAUUUGAAAACACCAUCUAAGGAUUCACAAUCAGGGGAUACAGACAUUUUAGAGGAUUCAGCAAAAAAGAAAAAGAAAUUCAAAAGGGGAGGUUUUGCUGACCAACUUAACAAAGUUCAAAUGAGAGAGCGGUCAUCUUUGAGAAUAUGGUCCCAUCAGCAGAACUCAACUGAGUUGGAAUCUCAAGCUGUGUCCACAUCAAAGAUCAUCACUAUUGAAGUGGUUAGCUUUGAGCUCCUCUACUCACUCCAGUUGGCUCGCUGUGAGGUUUUGACAGGGCUGGUCGAGCCGCGCCAGAUUCUUGUGCUGUUUUCUGCUGCAGUGGUACAACAACACAAUAUACAGGAGGGCAGCAUCGUCCGCAUCCAUCCUCCAUGGCAGCAGCUUGACCUGAAGCAGACUAACCAGAAAGUUUUGUUAUGUACAAACUACUGUCAGGUGGUGAACAGUGCUGACCUUCGUAGCCCGGGGUCUCGCAAGGUCACCAGACAGCCUCAGCAAAGGGUCAAGGUCACUGGUCGCUGGAACUGCCCCUGUGUAGCAGAUCUAGUGAGGACCCACCAAUCCUGUCCUGCCUAUCUCCUGCCCAGCAUUCCAGCGGUGGCUGUUUCCAGGGAUCCAUUGUGUUGUGAUGAACAAGAGGACAGCGAGAGGUCAAGAUUGACAGUGAUACAGGCAACCCAGCCGGCACGGUCUGCGACAAAAUCUGCUGUCUCACACACGAUACUAGACAGUAUUCAUAGACAGGGCUCCACACGGGAAGGUCAAGGUCACAGCUUCUCAGCGCUGGUACACAGGGUCCUACAGAAACGGACACGACAAACUUCCAGAUGGUGCCUGCUGGUGGAGGACAUACAGGGAACAAUGUGUGAGGUUAUACUGCCAAAGGACAGACUUCCAAUGUGGGAAAAAGUCUUACAGGGAGAGGGCACUGCAUUCUCCUUCCAUGGCCUUACAGUAUACAGUAGAACAAACCGGGAACGAGACUUUAGUUUGUUUACUUUGAUUGAUUCUGUUUGGUCUGGUGUUGCAUCAAGUACACUUAGUCAAGAAAGUGACCAGGUGCUACCAGGAACAAGUGGAGUUAGUGAGGAGAGCGAGCAAGCACUCCCAGCACCGAGCACUGCUGCCUGCACCGUGGAGCCACCUGGAUUUUGUUAUAUAAUGAAGGGAGAUAACUCCACGAAUGUUGACGUAACUCCAAUAGAUACCCCUGCCCUACUGUCACGGUAUCGUCCUCUGUCGCUUACUGAUCUGUCAAAGGCCUGUAGGAAACCAGCGGAAUUGAAACGGUUCUGUUUUGUUGCAAAAGUUUUAGCCAUACUGCCAUCAGAAACACGAGUUGCUGAUGCGAGAGGUGGCUCUGGGACAGCUCCGCACUUAGGACCUUCCCACUGCUAUGUAUAUGUGUGGUCCGGUGUGCCCUCCUCUGAACCCCCGCCCAGCUACAGUACUGUCAGAGUAGUCUUUGAUAUCGUAAACACUGUCUGUGGAAAGGUCAUGUUCUUCAAAGACGUCUUUUACCACAAAGAACAACUCUGCUGUGAUGGCUACUCUCAAAUACUACCAAUCACUGAUGUACCAGACGCCUGCCUGUCUACCAACAGUGAGAUAACGACGAUAGAGGCAGAGAGGAGAGCUCUUCAGGGGGAGAUUACUAUCCCAAAUAUAUGCAGUGAUCUCCCUGAUCUUUCACUUUGCAAGGCAAUAGCUAGAGUGAGGGGUGUUGACGAGAGCUCAGCCUACUCCUGGGACGUCUGUAAUUAUUGUGGAAGUGACAAGCUUAUAACCCGACAAAGUGAGCUGACCUGUCUGGAGUGUCACAAGUCCGUCCUAGAGCCAUUGACUAAGAUGACCAUGGAUGUGAAGGUCACUUGUGAUGGGCUGGACAUCCCUGUCACAGUCAGUCUUCUUCAGGAUUGUAUAGAGCGCUUACUCCCGGAGGAAACAGCAGAGGAGGGAUACGAUAUUGAAAGCGUCCUCGGGAAAGACAUUGGAACCAUUUUCUGUGUGUUGUGCUCAAGGACUGUACGAGGUGAAAAAGUAGAAAAUCUGAAACUACGACAAAUAGAUGUAGCAUUAUAACCAAUCUUUAGCAUUGAAAUAAUUUACAGUUCAGUAUGAGCAAUUCCGUUUAUGAUCGAGUGAGAUUGAAUUUUAGUCCAAAUGGCUUAACUAGAGUUGGUAGUGAUCUUGGUACCACUAUUAACCCUUUCACCCCUAUACAACUUCAGUAAACUCUACCAUACAUUGAUCUGGAUGAGUCCAUCAUGGUCCACAGUGGUGAAAGGGUUAAUGACUAUUUCUCUACUUAGCAAUGACGGAGUAAAUACAGCGAACGACAUCGUGUAGAAAUAGACUUCAAAUCACUUGAUCAGGCAAUAUCUUUGGCCCAAAUCACAUCAUAUAAUAGACACAGAAAAUGGCUGGCAGUGACAGCUCGCCCUUAUACGGGUAAAUGAUGGCCCUGUAAUGCUAUACUGUUAGUAUUGUUUAAACUGGUGUAUACUUCUGUUGUACCAAGGAGACUCGUUUAUUGUACAUUGUAAUUUGUACGUUUUUCAUUAAUUCCGAAUAUUUACAGUCUUCACACUGACAUCCACUUAAUAACCGUGGUUCCCACAAAAUGGAUUUAUCGUCUCAUAACUUGACCAUAGAACGUGAGGAAUUUCCAUGCCAUUGACAACAAAACAAAUAGGCGGAGCUAUGCAAAUUUUCGGCGAACGAGACACAAUUGUGUGAGGCGAGGCUAUCAACAGUAGAUGUGGGUGGAUUAACUCAACUGAAUUCAUCACACGUUCAUAAGAUUUGAAAAUUAUAUUUGUAUCCCUUGAUCUGACUAGUGAAUAAAAUAAUUAUGAAACAUUCACAGAAAAGUACGGUAAAUAUAAGGAACAGAUUUCUUCUUUGACUAUUCAAUGUACACAUGCUCUACUGGAGCUAUCUAUGCCAACUGGCCAAAAUAGAAAACUAUUCCUUGAAUAACAGAUUUUAAACUUCAAAGCUAAAUAAAGGGAUAGAAACAGAUUCAUAUUAGAUAUUAAUGCUUAUAUUGUAUUGUAAAAUUUAAAUGAACAUAUAUUUCUCUUAGGAAAGGGAGAAAUAGGCCUGUGUGAGUAUUAUUUGUACAUAAUAGAUAAACUUACAUGCUGUUUGUUAAACAGAGUUUAAAUGAACUGAAAUGUGUAAAAUAAAUGUGAUCUUCCUAGUGUAAACAAUAAAAACAACAAAAGUU